ACGUCAGCCGUCAGCUUUCUCCUCGUGGUCGUGGUCGUGGCCCCGCCGUCCCGUGCGCCAACGCCAAGUCGAGGCACGCGGCCAGUGGUGCCCUCGUCCUCGAAUCGUCAAUGAGCACCGGCGCCGCGCCCCUCCUCCACUCUACCCGCACAGCGCCCCUCGCCCCCACACCCCAACCCAACCAUCCGCUCCUUGUCGCCUUCCGACGCUGAGUUUGCUGGUGUCGAUUUGCGCCGGCGGAUGCUCGAUCUGGUAGCUGCAUGUGCCGACCUACUCGUCGAAUCCGUUAUCUAACGUAAUGGAUGGGCAAGGCACAAAGCACAGGAUUUUGAUGGUGUCCGACUUUUUCUUUCCAAACUUUGGUGGGGUGGAAAGCCAUAUCUACUACCUGUCACAAUGUCUACUUAAGCUUGGCCAUAAGGUUGUUGUCAUGACACAUGCAUAUGGAAACAGAUCUGGAGUACGAUAUGUCACAAAUGGUUUAAAGGUCUAUUAUGUACCAUGGAGGCCAUUCCUGAUGCAGAAUACACUUCCUACACUAUCCUUGACGUUUCCAAUUGUAAGGACAAUUAUUAUUCGAGAGAAGAUUUCUGUCGUGCAUGGACAUCAAGCUUUUUCAACACUGUGUCAUGAAGCAUUAAUGCAUGCUAGGACAAUGGGGUACAAAGUUGUCUUCACAGAUCACUCACUUUAUGGUUUUGCUGAUGCUGGAAGCAUUCACAUGAAUAAGGUUCUGCAGUUUACUCUUGCAGAUAUUGAUCAGGCAAUAUGUGUCUCACAUACAAGCAAAGAGAACACUGUCUUGAGGUCUGGGAUAUCUCCAGAGAAGGUUUUCAUGGUUCCUAAUGCAGUUGACACUGCAAUGUUUACUCCCUCUCCCAAGCGCUUAAACUGUGAUGAAAUAGUUAUUGUUGUGGUCAGUAGGUUAGUAUACCGAAAAGGCGCCGACCUUCUUGUUGAAGUCAUUCCAGAAGUGUGUCGGCUAUUUCCAAAGGUUCACUUUAUUGUUGGUGGUGAUGGUCCAAAACGUGUGCGCCUUGAAGAAAUGAGGGAGAAGUUCUCCCUUCAGGAUAGAGUUGAGAUGUUAGGAGCUGUACCUCAUGCUCAGGUGCGAUCGGUUCUGAUAUCUGGACAUAUAUUUUUGAACAGUUCACUCACAGAGGCAUUUUGCAUAGCCAUUCUAGAAGCAGCUAGCUGUGGACUGUUGACAGUGAGCACUAGAGUCGGUGGUGUCCCUGAGGUUCUUCCAGAUGACAUGAUAGUACUUGCAGAACCAGCUCCUGGAGAUAUGGUAAGAGCUGUCAAGAAAGCCAUCGACAUGCUACCUGGAAUAGACCCCCAGAUUAUGCAUCUUCGGAUGAAAGAACUUUAUAGUUGGGACGAUGUUGCCAAAAGAACUGAGAUUGUUUAUGAUCGUGCAAUGGAAUCUCCAACAACAAAUUUACUAGAUCGCCUUCCCCGGUAUCUUACUUGUGGAUCUUGGGCUGGAAAACUGUUUUGCCUAGUUAUGAUCAUCAAUUACCUACUAUGGCGCCUUUUAGAAUUUCUACAGCCUGCUGUAGGUAUUGAAGAAGUCCCAGAUAUAGGCCCACUACAUGCUCAUUUAGGUUCAAGGAAUGAUGAGGCUCAAGAGAAGUGAAACUUAAACCUUUGUCAGUUUUGAAACUGUUGGGGACUUGAGGUGGCAGUCAUGGUAUCUUCUGCUUGUCAGCAUUCGUUCUGAUCCACAUGCCAGUGUAUGCCUUUAUGAUAUGGCCCCCGCACAGCAUUUUCUCUUGAAGCUUCCUGUCUCCGUAGUCGCAGCUGAAAGAGAGUGGAACGCCUUGAUUUGUAGGAUUUCUUGUCAUGCUGGUUAAAGAUAUGGUCCGAGUCUCUGUCAUUGCCAGCUUCUUUUUCUUCUUCUGCGUAAUGCGUAGUGAGUGGAUGGCCUGCGUUUUAGGCACGUCAUCAAAACCAAUUAUCUGCUGGAAAGUUGGUACUCUCUUGCCACCAUAUUGCAGUGAUUUAGCAACUAGAAGUCUUGAUUGGCAUGUUGACACACAAAUUCCUACUAUGUUUGAUGUCUUGUAUCAUGUCGGAGCACCAAUUCCUGCUGUGUUUGUGAUGUAAUAAGGCCAAUUCCAACCAGCGACGUGAGACCAAUCGUCCAAUCUGCAUGGAUCCAGUCGAUGAUACUUUUUUGAAUUGUUUGAUAAGUUCGUCAAAUCCUCAAAAACAAGUACACAAGCUUUGUCUAUGAAAUACCCUUAUAUUCUUUUGGAUAUAUCGGAGUUUAUCUACCUA